AGAAAGCAACCACGCGGAUUCUGGAUAGGUGAGCAUUCUCGCCGCUCACGAUAUCAACAUUUUGCUGUGACACGAUUUCAAUGUUAAUGGUGCCUUUACUUGUGGUGUUUAAAGUGUCACACAUCGGAAUUUCGUCUUCAAUGGGUAAACAGAUGGCGGGAUAUCGGCUCUGGAUUGGCGGGAAAGUGGCUGCCUGAUUGGAAAUAUCGCAGUGUCGCUUUAAACGAUACAUGUACGAUGUGGAUCUGAUCAUCUCGCUGGCUUGAAUUUAGUCCAGUGUUUUGUGUAUUAAAGCAAAAGGAAGUGUGCUUCUGACAUUUACAGAUGGACAUAAUGGGUGAAUCUGAAGCCUCGGUGUUGAGUAAUGCCACCACGGGAAAGUCACCGAGUCACUUUCCUCUAGGACAGCGGGAGAAAGCCAUCUUUUUGACCGUUGACGUUCUCCUGGCAACAAGCAUCAUACUUGGUAACACCCUUGUGAUUUUAUCGGUGUUACGGGAACGGAGACUUCGAACGCCCACCAAUGCCUUCAUAGCUAGUCUAGCCGUGGCCGACCUCAUGGUCGGGGUGAUCGUAAUACCCAUUGAUAUCGCUUUUGCCUUGGGGUAUGCUACAGGUGUAGAGCCUCUAGCUUGCCUGGCCUGUAGUAACGUGCUGACGAGCAUGAUCAUCUUGUCCGUACUUCACCUGACUGUGAUUGCUUACGACCGGUAUCUAGCAAUCACAGACCCGCUGUCUUACGUGAUCAAGAUGGGCCGUACUCGAAUCAGUGUGCUGAUUGCCGUUGCGUGGGCUACUGCCAUUUCCAUUUCGGCCAUGCCAUUACUUGGAUGGAACAACUUGCAAUAUUUCAGCCACGAGUACUGCGAUUUGAUGUUCGUCCACGCGCCCAGCUACCGUUUCUUCACCGUCUCCGUCAGCGUGGUGUUCCCGCUCAACUUGAUGUUAUUCUUCUACUUCAAGAUGUUCCGUGUGGCCAAGGGGCACAUGAAUCGAAUCGCUGCCCAGGAAGCCACGACGUCCAGGCGGCCUACUCUACGCCGUGACGUCAAGGCAGCCAAGACGGUGGCCAUGAUUCUUGGUUUCUUCCUCCUCGCCUGGACCCCUGCAUCACUCAUCUCCGUCCUGGACUUCUUCAUCAAAGUGGACCACGGACUACAGGAGAAACUCCUCAUCUAUGAGUUGAUUUUCUUCCACAUUGCCUUCACCAACUCCAUGGUGAAUCCCGUCAUUUACGCCUUUCGGAACAAGGAGUUUCGCCACUCGUUCCUCAAACUGACCGGGGCGGUCUUACGCUGUGAGUGUUGGAAGCGACGCGUCCGUAGCGCCGCCAGACGGGCAGAGAUGACGGCCUUUCCCAACCAAGCCUCGGGAAGUGUGACGAUCGUCCAACGUGCUGAGGGAAACUCCGGCGUAAACGUUGCACACAAGACAAUGCAGAUCAAGGUUGAGAGUUGUCAUUCGAUUAAUUCUAUUACGAGUUAAAACAAUUCAACAAACUCACCGACCCAAACUAAAGAUGAGAAUCACUCUCAAAGUGAAAAAACCCAAUAAAGUGCGGUCGACGUACAGAAACAAACUAGACAUGUUUGAGGACAAACACAUGGCUGAUUCGGCAUUUUGUUAUUAUAUUUUUAUGUCAUGCUAUAAACUGAUAAUACAUGCAUGUGCAGUGGCAAAUUGCAGAGUGAUCAGGACAAAUAGUUGUGCAGAUAUAGGCCAUGGACACAUGUCAUCUGAUGACGUCAUUAUAACGUCAUUUCAAUGUUCACCUAUAACAUAGCCCGACUUUAGGUACAUACCAAGGAAAAAUCCAAAUUGGACCUAAAGUUCUGUCAAUAUAGGCCUUAGGAAACAAACAGCCAAUAUUGACCGCUUUACUUGACAUUCACAAAUUCUUGCCAUGACACAGUAUACUCGCUUACUUUUUCUAUAAUGCUUAAAUGAAUAAGAAGCAAAAUGUACUGAGGAAAAUGCACAAAACUUUGCAUCAAAGAUAGAUAUAGAAAAAAAAAGAAAAAAAAUUCUGGAUACAAAAUAGCCAACGAUUCGUCCUCAUUCCUGCUUGCUGGUUAAUAAAGGUUUGCAAACAAUAGAACGGCUUUUCCGGGCUAAGUUAAUUAGAAACUUCCGUAAAAUGAGGUAAAAUUCGUCAAAAGGCACGCCCAAAUUGUUUAAGCUCUUGGUAGUAACCAAGCACGCUGCUACUUACUCGACACGCUCGCUGUAAAUCAACGGCUUAUCUUUGAUCACUCGCUGGAACUCAAUUUCUGCGCCAUGCGUCGCUGGUGGAUUACGACUCCAUAAAUCACAAUCUUUCUAUCGGAAGAAAUCUAAUUAACAGGGGUUUUGUACUUUGAAAAGGUAUCAAUUCUGUCUUUGUAGUCCGGCAACUCUGACAGAAAAUCAUGAAAGUAAUUUUGACUGCGGUCAUUGCAAAAGUACUCGCAAAAUAUUCUGGUAUUUUUCAUAGAUUUUGAGGUUUUCAUGCUUUUCAAUAUUUAGUUCAAACUAAGAAAAAAUUAAUAGAGAUUAAGAAAUUUCUUAGUACAAACACAAUAAAUUUGACUAUAAAUUGUAAUCUGUAUACAGUUAAGGCGGGAAAACGAUGGUCGGCUAACCCUAUGUUAAUGCAGCAUUUAUCACUUUUUUUCCAACCGAUGCUUGCUGCACAUUUCCACGCCGUUUCAAUACUGAAGUAAAACAUAAAAAAAGAAACCACAUUGUUAAAAAAGCACAUAUAAGGAGCAUAAAGGCAGGCCCCCAAAAAACAAUUACACUUUUUCAUACGCUGAUUUCUCAAAAUUGAAAAGAAAUGUUGGAAUGAUACUUCUAUGAUAGUCCUAUACUGUACAAGAUCUUGGUGAUAUAUGGACGGCGUAAACGGCGUUGAAAAUAAAGGCUAAAUUAAGAAAUGGCGGCCAAAUACAGAAUAAAUUGACAGACACCAGUUUGUGCACCUGUGUGUUUAUAUUAUGAGAUAAUAUUGUCAAAACGAUAGACCUGCGUGCACAAAGAACUGCAAUAACAACUAGAGUUUCGCGUUUGUUGUUACA